AAAAGGAUUUACAGAUUAUUCUGAUGCAAUCAACACGCUGGAGUUGUCAUCCCGCUGAAAUGAAACAUUUAGUUCGAAAAUGUAUCACCUUAACGACCAGCAUCAUGUGUGCUAUUCUUUUGGCUGUUUCCAUGACAACUGAAGAAUGGGUGGUGGGUGAAGAUGACUUCAAGAAAGGAUUAUGGCUGACUGUCACUAAAAAUUUAACAUGGUUGAAGUACGUUCAAGCUUUUAUGUUAGCUUCGUUAUCCAUGUCAAUCUUAGUGAAUAUUUUGAUAGUAGUGGCUUUUAUAAAAGAUCAUCAUUGUCUGCUGAAUAUGAUUACAAUUUUGACAUGCUUUGCAAGUUCUUUGUUAACUGGCUCCAUCUUCAUAUACCGUGAUUACAAUGAUUGGACAAACCAAAAGAAUGCAACGUUCGGAAUUUCAAUGCAUGUUGCCAUGGCAGCAAUGAUAUUCUCAUAUUUACUGUUGCUGACAUUGGUUUAUGUGUAUAUAUGUGGCAGUGGACGUGUGACGCCAUUACAUCUGACGCACUUACAUGCUGUCGAAGACAGAAAUGACGCGAAUACAGAUUUAAGUACAUUAAGAGAAUAUGGCACGUAAAUACAGCGACUGAAAACUGUUGCGAAUUUUUUUUUGUUACAAUAAUGUUAGAUGUUGAAGAAACAUGGCUGAAUGGAUCCACUUAUCAACCAAACAGAUGUUGUAAUAACACGGCAGAAAUCUUUCUUAAGGACAGAGUUCCUCGUUGAAAAACUAUAAAUGAAAUGUACAUAUUUGUUAAAUAUUAUUUAUCAAGCUGUUUUGUUUAUGGAUCAUCUUUCAUGGAACCUCAAAUCUCUUGACCCGUAUCACCAUAAAAAAGAAAACACGAUAUUUUUUUAUUCGUGCAAUUAUUCAUUUUAUUCGCAUACACUAUCAAUUUGAUUAAUAUUAUUAUGGUUAUUAUUAACACGAUAUUUGGUUGCACAUGUAGAGGCGUUGGCUAUAUGGUGGAGAUAGACGAGAAGUGAAGGUGGUUACAUUGUGGAGAUAAUUAAAAAGAUAAGGUGGUUAUAUUGUGGAGAUUUUCAGAAAAAAUAAAGUAGGUUACGCUGUGGAAAGCAAAAUGGAUUGUUUCCAAAGGAGAGGAUUGAUCAAGCAAAUAACAAUUUUUAGGUUCCGUUGGAGAGUGUAUAGUUUCAUUCUCGGUGUAAAUUGGUUGUUUUGGGCGUAUAUAGAGUUUGAAAUAACAGUAUCAAGUUAUAGUUGGGGCGGGAGCUAACUGACUGUAUCGUCUGUCGAAGGUUGGGGAGUGACUAUCUGGUUUAGAUUUAGGUUAGGGUGAAGGUUUCGUCUAUAAAAUCAGGUUUAAGUUUUAUGUAGUUGGGACAGGACUUUUGGAAGAAAACAUUAGAGGUAGAGGUAGAUAAUAAAAAGGUUUAUAUGCGAUGAUAAUUAGGGAUUAUAUGAAUUUGGACUUCGAGAUCUGUGGCACUGUGUAAGAAAGAAAAAGGAAGGGACUGAAAUAAGGCAUGAACAUGUUAAAUAUGUGGUAAGGUUUGAUGAAAGUUUAGUUGAUGAAAGAGGUCAACAUGCAACCAAAA